AAAGUGAUUUUAAAUAAAUAAAAAUAAUUUCUUUUGUAAAGGUUAAGGCUGAUUUUACUGAAUUUCUAUUAGAUGAUAUUUGUCAUUACUUGUACAUAGUAGUUAAUACUAUCCAAUGAAAAUCCUUCGGAGUGUGUUGGAAUCUUUGUUAGACACAAUAAGAAGCUUAUAUAUAUAUAUAUAUCUAUUUUCGUAUCUAUCUCUUGAUUCAUUUUCUCUUGUGCUUAUUAACAUGGUGUUAUUGUUUACAAUAGUAACGGUGAAUGUUAAAACGGGUAAAAAAGCAACUUUGAAUUAAAAUUAACGAAAUAUAUUAAAAUGAUUAAUAGGCAAAAUAUUCGAAUUUUCUGAUAAAAAUUAAAAUAAGAUAAAAAAACUUAUUAUGUUUGCUUGAAGUUUUAAAAUAGUCGUGUAUUCAUCUAAAUAAUUUAAAAGACAAAGGAAAAUAAAUAUAAUAUCUGUUAUAAUGAAUUGUUCGGAUUCUAAAUUUCAAGAUGUUUGUACAAGUGCAUCUAAUAUAACAAAUAAUCUAUCAGCAGAAGAUGCUGCUGACGAGGAUAAUGAAAAAGAAAAAGAAAAUUAUUUAGAAUUGUCAGAUAUGAAUGAAAUUUCAUGUGAAUCGGAUGAAGAAGACAAUUCCUAUUACACGACGACUGUUUGGGAUGUUCCUGAUGUUGAAAUUUGUUCACCUUCUCUGAUCAAUUCAUCUCCACCAUAUAAUGGAGAAAUUCCUGGUAUGAUAGCCGAUACUUUAGAAAUAUUAGAGGAAAAUAAUAAUGAUCCAAAUAAUAAUUUAGACUUUAAUGAAAAUCAUCCAGAAUCCUCCAGUAAUAGAAAUGUCGAUGAAGUAACCGAUGAUCAUCAAAUUGGUUAUUCAAGAGCAUUAACAAGUCCAAUUCCAGGUUGUAGCAAAGAUAUUGGUAAUAUGGACAAUUUUCGAGAUAAUAACGCUUAUUCUAAAAUUCGUAAAGAUGCAGAAUUAAUAUCAACUCUUUUGCCCGAUAUAGAGUUUAGAUUGAUAUUGCAAACACUUAAAAAAAAUCAAUACGCUAAAAAUUGUAAUGAGCUUACACUGUGGGAUUUAUUACCGGAUAAUAGACCAAUGCCACAAGUAUUAUCAAAAAGAAAAUUAACAGAUAAUUUUUGUCAAAUUGAAUCUAAAAGAUAUUUAUCUAACGAAUUCAAUGUUAUACCUAGCGAAGUGCAAACUAAUGUUAAAAUAACUGAAUCAUUGAAAGAUAAAAAAAACAUAAACAUAGAAGAAUCCAUUAAUUGUAAGAUAGAAGAUGAGAAAACUGUAAUUGGUGGAGAAAGUAAGUCAGUUACUUCUAUUAGUAAUAAUAAUCCAAUAAUACGCCCAGCUAAGUUAAUAGUUCCUAAAUGUGUACCUUCGUAUGUACCUUCGCAAUCAGUAUGUACACCAUCUCCUAACAGCGUUAUUUUAGCUCCUGCUAAAUUAACGUAUAUUAGUACAUAUGAAAUAAAUGAUGUAAAGAAAAAUAAAUCUUUAUCCUCUGAAAAGAAUUUAACAUCGACACAGUCUAACAGUAAAAUAAAUAAUAAUAUAUCCGAAACAACUGUUUUUCUCAAUAUAGAGGAAACCAAAAGUUGUUUGUUAUCCGAGAACGAAAAGCAUUUAAAUUCUUUUAAAAAUAUGGAUAUAGUUAAAAUGGAUACUUCUGAACAAUCUACAGAAUUUGUGCCUUCAAACAUUGAUUUAAAUCUACCAAGUACUAGUAAGGGAAUAAAGAAGGCUUUUAAAAUUGAUGUGUCAACAAUGAAUACAUUUCCCCAACAAUCAUUAAAUAUGUUAAAAACAGAAAAUACUGAAGUAUCAAAAUCUGAUGAAUUUUCUUCAAUAACAGAAAUACUAAAUAUAAAUGUAAAGGAAGAAGAAUCAAAGCUUUCUCCUGACAUGAUUAAAAUUUAUUACAAACUUGUAGAUAUAUUUUCUUCUGUGGAUCCUAAUUAUAUUGAAUCGAUAUGCAAGUCCAAUGAUAUUCAAAGAACCAGCAUGGAUGAAUCUACAGUGCUAAAUGAAUUGAUUAAUCAUUUACUUGUCUUAGGAGAUAAGCAUCCGUAUAUUGCUAUAAAAUCAGAAUCACCUGAGCCGACAUAUGAUGUAAAUGAACAGUAUGAAAAUAUAUUAGGAAUAUUUCCAAAUGCGGAUCCAAAUUAUAUAAGAGAUGUCGUGGAAUCUUUAUAUAAUAAACCGGAGGAAUUAAAAGUAUUUGUACAAUCUAAACUUGAAACGCAUGAUUAUCCUACACGAGAAGAAUAUUUAACAAGGAGAAAAAUAACUGAGCAACAAAAGCAAUAUACUACAGACUUUAAAAUAGAGAAAUUUUUAGAGAUAUUUCCAAAUCCGUUUGCUCAUUUUGAAGAUCCAAACAGAAAAUAUUCAUAUAAUACAAUUGCAUUUAAAUUUCUCACACAUUAUUAUAAUCAAAUAAAGGCCAAUACUAUAACGCUUGUAUAUAGACGCAGAAAUUAUCAUUUGAGUUUAACAGCAAAAGCAUUGGAUGAAAUGGAACCUAAUAUGAAACUGAAACGUAAAGGUAUAUACUUAUCACCACAAGACAUUCCUCUUUUACAAGAAAUUACAUUUAUACAACAUAGAUCGGAGAUACAACAAUAUUUGUUGAAAUUACAAAAAGAAGAGACUGAGGAAUUUCUGAGACUUAAGAAAAAUAAGAGUCUUCUGGAAUGCCAAUGUUGUUUCAACGAUGAAUGUAUGCCAUCUAAAUGUUCUAGUUGUGACAAUGGUCAUAUAUUUUGUAAUGACUGUAUUAUAAAAGGUACUAACCUAAAAUUAGCAGAAAGUGAGACGCAUAUCUAUUGCUUUGUAAACUGUACAAGUGAGUUUAGUCUAUCGAUUCUUCAAAACGUACUUCCUCCAACAACUUUUAGUAUACUACUUCAAAAAAGACAAGAAGCAGAAAUAAAAGCAGCUGGAUUAGAAGGUUUGGUAUCUUGUCCAUUUUGUCACUUUGCAUCUAUUCCACCACCAGAAGAUAAAGUUUUCAAAUGCUUAAAUCCAGAUUGUAUGAAAGAAUCUUGUAGAUUAUGUAAAAAACUAAAUCACAUACCAUUGAAUUGUGAUGAGGUUAUGUCUGAAAAUGCGCAACAUUAUUUGGAAGAAAAAAUGACAGAAGCGCUUAUACAUAAAUGUUAUAAAUGUAAUCUGCCUUUCUUUAAAGAAGAAGGAUGCAAUAAAAUGGUUUGCGUAUGCGGUGCAGAAAUGUGUUAUAUUUGUGAUAAACCAGUCAAAGGUUACAAACAUUUUCGUGGCCAGGGUUCCACGGAUACAGAUCUGUGUCCACUAUGGAGCGACAAUCAUGUAAUAAAUGCAAAAGCUGUUUUACAAAUAGCAGAGGAAACUGAGAAGGAAAUAAAGCAAAGAAAUCCUAACAUCCAAUUAGCUACAAAUGCUCUUUUACCAAAAUUACCCAGAAAAACCAAGGGUCCGCAUGAUGAUAUUCCUAAUUCUGAUGUUGUACCUGAACGUGCGCAUAGAAUCGCAAUUGGAAGAAUGAUUCCAUAAAAUUGAUCUGAUCAUUUAUAAAAUUUUAAUAUUUACAAUUCAGAUAUUUAAAAGUAAUUUUAUACAUAUUAUUUUAUAUUUCAUACUUAUGCAGAUACUUUUGGUACAGCCAAAGAUCCUUUAGUACAUAAACAAAAUACAUUUCAACCACAGAAAUUGAUGAUCGUAUAUAUUGUUAAAUAUAUGUACAAAAGUCAAAGAAAAAGCAUAUAAUAUUCUUUAUACGAUUUGUUACUAACUUUCUUCUCAAAAAUUUUUAUAAAAUUACGAAAGUUUUAUUAAUAUUUAUAAGGAAAAAAGAAACAGCAAAUAGUGAAGUAUAAAUAUAAAUUUAACCCUCUAUAUAUAAACGUCACGUAUCUCGUUGUUUUAUUUCAUCGCUAGAAAUAAUUGAUUGAUGUUCAAUGAGACUCUAAUGAAAAAUUAUUAUGCUGCUAACCUUAUGUCAAUGAGACCUUCUCCUCCGAAAUUCUUUACAAUAUGU